AUGACGACUCUGUUCAACGUCAAAGAGCACAUUAUCGAUGCUUCUCAUAUCAGAGAGUUUGCCGGUGCAACGGCUGCCUCCCAAGAUGCCGUGCUAAAACUACACGUCAAGCAAUAUACUCCCAAAGACAAUACGUCCCCGCGCAAAGGCGAUGUUACUCUUAUUGGUGCUCAUGCGAACGGGUUUCCCAAGGAAAUGUAUGAGCCACUCUAUGACGACCUGUGUCAAGCAUUGAAACAAGAUGGCGUGCGUAUUCGUGACAUUUGGAUCGCAGACUGCGCAUGGCAGGGCCAAAGUGGCAUCCUUAAUCAGGACCUACAGCUUUUGGGUAACGAUCCCUGUUGGUAUGACUACUCCCGCGACAUCAUACACAUGAUCAACACAUUCAGAAUGCCGCGGCCCCUCAUCGCCGUCGGGCACUCUUUCGGCGCAAACGCCCUCAGCUACGCCGCGCUACUGCAUCCCCGUCUGUUCCACAGCAUGGUCCUGCUAGACCCUGUCAUUGCGCCGUAUCACCAAGUCCCCAUGGAGUUCAGAGCCAGUCCUGCCGCCGCGAGUGUAAGAAGACGGGACCUGUGGCCCUCACGAGAUGCUGCCGCCGCGUUAUUCAAGAAGAGUCCAUUCUACCAAGCCUGGGACCCGCGAGCCUUUGAUCAGUGGGUGAAAUACGGGUUACACAACACUACUGCUGACCCCAACGGAGAAGUGGCCCUCACGACCACCAAGCAUCAAGAAGUCUUUACCUUUCUGCGCCCAACCUGGCCGGCCUUUGACGAAGGGGGUAAAAACGCCAUAAACCCAAAGUGGGUGCCUGAUGUUGGGACGUCACUCAAGGUCGAAUUCAGCAUGUACCCAUUUUACCGCCCUGAGGCAAUAAACACAUUUACGCGUAUGCCCAACCUCCGACCUGGCGUCAUCUUCAUUCUAGGCGGACAAAGUAACGUCAUUGGAGAUGAUGACGCGAAGAAACGCACGGAAAUUACUGGCACAGGCCUAGGUGGAAGUGGUGGCCUCGCAGCUGGUCGGGUAAAGGAGGUUGUGCACGAAAAGUAUGGACAUUUCAUUCCUCUGGAAAUUCCUGGUUUUUGUGCCCAACACGCCUCCGAAUUCAUCAAGAAGGAAUUGGGGAUAUGGGCUGAGGAGCAGAGAGAAUAUGAAGAGUGGGCUAAGAAGACGAAUACGGAGAAGGUGACCGUCUCGUCGGAAUAUAAAAAGCAUCUCGGAGUCACAGAUAAGCCGAAGGCAAAGAUAUAG